GUCGUCCGAAACGGUCCGGGUGGCGCUUUCGUUUCGUUUCGCCUUCUCUCCGCCGCCGCCGCCACCGCCGCCGUUGUCGUCGAGCUGCCGCUGACAAUCGAGUUCGUUAUUUAUUUUAUCGUAUAGCGUGUGUAUAUACGUAUAUACACACCGGCGGCCGUUUCCCCGCCCGCCCGCCCGCCGCAGCCGCAGCCGCCGCCUCGAUUGCCUUCGCCGUGCCGGUGGUUGUGCGACGUUGCGUGAUCGUCUGCGGCCGAUAUGGUGUAGCCGUGCCGUGAACCGAACAGCAAACUUGGCAACAUGAGCGCAUAUAAAAAACGUUACAAGACCACCACGACGGCUGUUGGCAACAAUGACAAACAGCUUCAGCAUUCGUCGCCCAGAGUGACGUUGCGGCUGACCAACACGGGCAACAACCAGUUCAAGAGUUCUUCGGCCAGACAAGAUGAGAAGAACAAGAAAUUAGCGGCGGCCGAAGACAACAACAUGACCGGCGACACGAAAACCGUCGAGACUGAAGACAAACCGGAAACGCCUGUCCAAUCCGCGGCCACCGCCUCUUCGGGCACGGCGGCCGGUGCUUCGGCCGACAGCGCGGGUCAAGCAAGUGCCGCCAAGGACCACCCUGUAGAUUCGAAAGAAGCCGCGGGCGGAGCUGCCGCCGGGACCGGCGAAACGACUGAGGGCGAAAAGAAUGCCGAAAAAGACACGGCCGGGGACAACUUGAAACGACCGAAGGAGGCCGAUGCCGACGAAGAAGUCAAGCCCAAAAAGCGCAAGGAGGACCACGGUCAAAACGCCAAAGGCAAAAACGAUGCCUCUAGUCCGAAACCCGACAGCGACGAGGACGUCAAGUCCGGAGGCUCGGGGCCGUCGAGCGUCGACAGUCCGGGAGGAGGCCCCAAAGUGCCUCCGUUGAAAAUUGUGAUACCGACCACGGACGCCGACACGGGUGCCAGGACCAACGGCAAGAACGGCAACCGGUCGCAUCACCAUACGGCGCUGCCGUACGUGGUCCCUUCGGAGGAGUCGCCGCCGUCGUCGAACCAGCCCAACUCGCCGAAAUCGCCGCCCAAGCCGGCCGGGUCGUCGGACACGGUCAUCAACGCGGACGAACAGAAGUCGCCGCAAACGCGCGUGCUGCGGUCGUCCAACCGGUCCGGCAGCAACAGCAGCGGCGCGCCCAGCCGCGGCACUUCGCCCACCGUACCCGAAGAACAACUCGCACAGACUACUUCGCCGGCCGCCGCCGCCGCCGCAGCCACCGCGGACGCGGGCUCGGCCAACCCGUCGCCGGCCGCCGCCGCCGCCGCCCGCACUGCCGAACAGCAACAGCAGCAGCAGCAGACGGCCGCCGAUAACGGUUCGUCGGCGUCCACGGCCGCUGCCGCCGCCGCCGCCGCCGAGGACAAACAACAGUCGACGGGCUCGUCGGCGGCCGCCGCUGCCGCCAACGGUGGUGCGGCGUCCGAGACGAUGACCACCGCCGAGGCGAUGGAACUGCACCCGAGGCGUCGGAAACUGAAAGCUAGUCGGACCGAGUCGGAAAACAGCGAUAACUCUUCCGCAGCCAACGUGGCCGCAGCCGAUACCAAUCCGUCCGGUUCCGCUGUCGAACCAACUCCGGUUACCAAUUGCUACCAGAUGUUUUUAAAUAUUAGAAAACAGAUCGACAAGAGGCGUAAAAACCUGUUCCCGGUGCAGCCGAAGCCGCCGUCCGGGUUCAAAGACUACCUGAUGAAUAGGUGUACCUAUGUGUUGGCCAACAACUCCAACAGCCGUGUGGUGAACACUCAGACGCCGUCGCCGGCCAAUUUGCACGAUCAGCUUAAAAAACUAUUCGUCGAACAAGAAAAGGAGAGACAAAGACUUCGUAUACAGCAUAUUGUCGAAAAAGAAAAACUGGUGUUGAGCGUCGAACAAGAGAUACUCAGGGUGCACGGCCGGGCCGCCCGUGCCCUGGCCAACCAACUGUUGCCGUUCUCGGUGUGCACCAUACUCAAAGACGACGAGGUGUACAACAUCAUGACGCCGGAACAAGAAGAAGAAAAAGACAGGCACGCUCGGUCUCGGUACAACGGCCGUCUGUUUUUGUCGUGGCUCCAAGACGUGGACGACAAGUGGGAGAAAAUCAAGGAAUCCAUGUUGCUGCGGCACCACAACGAGGCGGAAAGCCUGCACGCCGUCCAGAAAAUGGACUGGGGCUGGAAGCUGAAGGAACUGCAGUUGUGCAGCAGCAGCGCCGACCCCAACAUCGAAGAGGAACACGUUCCCAUGGUUCUAGUCAGUGACGAUUUCGAUCUCUUACCCGCCUAAGCCGCCCGGCUUUCCCCGUUUAUAUCUACGCCGCUAAACAAUUUUUAUACAUUUUAAUUAUAUUACAAUAUAAUAUAACAAUUUGUCAUUAUUUUACAUACACACAUUUUACUGUCAAUCGUCAUCCGAGUGUUUGCCGCUCGUAUUUGUGCCAUUUUAUAUAUCAUCCGUAAUAAUCGCGUACGAUUAUUACAAUUUUUAUUUUACUUCUUACAAAAAAAAUGUACGGAGGGUUUCCGAAAGAGGUUUUUAAAGCACUACACUGUAUUGUACUUUUUUUUUUAAUUAUUACUAUUAUUUUGUCGACGCUGAUGAAAAAAUAAAACGUUUUCUACAUCGUCGGUGUCUCGAA